GGGUGGAUAUAUGGGAGGGAUCAGGGCAGCCAGGAGCUGUUGGGUCCAGUUUUGGGAAAGCUAGGCCUGGCAUUAUCCGGGACCUUUAUAAGGCAAAGGGGGACAGGAGUUGAACCUGCUGCCUGGAGAGAGAUAAGUUGCCAAAGGCUGGCUGAGUGGAGAGACACAUCGGAGGAGCAGCUGAAAAGAACGACCCCGCUUAGACGAUGGAGGAGGAGGACUCAUCAUAUAAGACCAUCUUUUCCCUGGGGCGGUUUAAGAUCCGCAAGCAGCAGAAUGGACCCCCCUCGGACCAAGCCAAGAGUGCCCCCAAAUGCCCAGCGGAGCUCCCGCCACCUUCGCAGAUGGAGGAAAACGGAUCUCUUUCAGACCCUCCAGAUUACGAGACCACGAUAGACGCCUGCCCUCGCUAUGAAUUCUACGCCCUUUCAGCGCCUCCUGGGCGGCGGAAGGUCCGCCCGUCGCUGGACAUGCUCAGAAACGCAGAUCUGACGAAAGGAGAUCCCAGUGCUACGGAGGCAGAGGAGAAAGAUGUGGAAGCCGACGAACCGGAAGCGGAACCAGUCCGCUUUGGCUGGGUGACCGGCGUCAUGAUCCGGUGCAUGCUGAACAUCUGGGGUGUGAUCCUUUACCUUCGUUUGCCAUGGAUAACUGCACAAGCCGGGAUAGGGUUAACCUGGCUGAUCAUUUUAAUGUCUUCUGUGGUGACCAGCAUCACGGGGCUCUCCAUCUCCGCCAUCUCCACCAACGGCAAGGUCAAAGCAGGGGGUACCUACUUUCUCAUCUCCCGCAGCUUGGGCCCAGAGCUCGGCGGCUCCAUCGGCCUUCUCUUCUCCUUUGCCAACGCCGUCGCUGUGGGCAUGCACGUGGUGGGCUUCUCCGAAACUGUCAAGGACCUCCUUGUGGAGUUCGACGGGGUGAUGAGCGACCCAACAAACGACAUCCGCAUCGUGGGUGUGAUCACCAUCACUGUUCUCCUGGGCAUCGCCCUGGCUGGCAUGGAAUGGGAGGCCAAGGCUCAAGUUGUCUUCUUCUUCGUCAUCAUGAUCUCCUUCAUCAAUUAUUUUGUGGGCACCUUCAUCCCAGCCACUCCAGAGAAAAUGUCUAAGGGGUACUUCAGCUAUCGAACCAAUAACUUCUUGGACAAUAUCGGCCCUGAAUGGCGAGGCGAAUCUGGCAGCUUUUUCGGCAUGUUCUCCAUCUUCUUCCCUUCGGCUACGGGGAUCCUGGCUGGUGCCAAUAUCUCGGGAGACCUUAAGGACCCGGCGGUGGCCAUCCCCCAGGGGACACUCAUGGCUAUCUUCCUGACAACCUUGACGUACCUGGCUAUCGCUGCCACCAUAGGCACCUGUAUGGUCCGCGACGCCUCCGGCAACCUGAACGACACCCUGGCAUCUGCCAACUUCACCAGCGGGGACUGCGUUGGCCGGGCCUGCGAAUUCGGGUGGAAUUUCACCGAGUGCACCGUGGCUGGGACCUGUGAAUAUGGUUUGGCUAAUGACUACCAGACCAUGAGCUUGGUGUCUGCGUUCAGCCCCCUCAUCACAGCUGGGAUCUUUGCCGCCACCCUCUCCUCAGCUUUGGCCUGCCUCGUCUCUGCCCCCAAGGUCUUCCAGUGCCUUUGCGAGGACAAUCUCUACCCCCUCAUUGGCUUCUUCGCAAAAGGAUAUGGAAAGAACAAAGAGCCGCUGAGGGCCUACGCUCUGACCUUCCUCAUAGCUGUUGCCUUCAUUCUCAUUGCGGAUCUGAACACCAUUGCCCCCGUCAUCUCCAAUUUCUUCUUGUGCUCUUAUGCCCUCAUCAACUUCAGCUGCUUCCAUGCCACCAUCACCAACUCCCCAGGCUGGAGGCCCUCUUUCCGCUACUUCAGCAAAUGGACAGCCCUGUUUGGCGCCAUUGUCUCCGUGGUCAUCAUGUUCCUGCUGAAUUGGUGGUCGGCCCUCAUUGUCAUCGGGAUCAUCGUCAUCAGCUUGGCCUACACCACCUACAAGAAACCAGAGGUAAACUGGGGUUCCUCAGUGCAGGCUGGCACCUACAACAUGGCCCUGUCAAAUGCUGUGAACCUGAAUGACGUAGAGGACCACGUCAAGAAUUUUCGGCCUCAGUGUCUGGUUCUCUCGGGCCCACCCAAUUUCCGCCCAGCGCUGGUGGACUUUGUCAACGCCUUCACCAAGAAAGUGAGCCUCAUGAUAUGUGGGAACGUGGCUGAGCUGGGAGACUCCUCAUGCUUCGAAAACUACAAUGAACAACUCCAGUGGCUCAGCACGCGCAAGAUCCGCUCUUUUUAUAACUUCAUCACAACAGGGGACCUGAGAGCUGGAGCCAGGAGCCUCAUGCAGGUCUCAGGUCUCGGGCGACUCAAACCCAACACCAUGGUCCUGGGCUUCAAGCAGGAUUGGCAGACCGACAGUCCACAGAACCUGGAGAACUACGUGGGCAUAAUACACGACACUUUCGAUUUCAGCGCCGGAGUGUGCCUGGUCCGGAUGCGCGAUGGACUGGAUGUGUCGCUGAAGGUGAAAGCGCAAGUGAACAUGGGCUUUGAAGACUCAGAAGCAGCGCUGGGCAAAGAGAAGCAGAAGCGUGACAGCUACAAAGUAGUCGGUGCUGACUCACACCUGGAAACCUAUUUCCAGGGCAACCAGAAGAAGAAAAACAUUGACAUCUAUUGGCUCUUCGAUGAUGGCGGGCUCACCCUCCUCAUUCCCUACCUCCUCACCCGCCGGAAACGUUGGAGUCAUUGCAAAGUCCGGGUCUUCAUCAGUGGGCAGAUCGCGAAUGCUGAAGAGCACAGAGAAGAGAUCGAUCUUUUGUUGACCAAAUUCCGCCUGGGAUUCACCGAGGUCGUGGUGCUGCCUGAAAUAAUGUGGAGGCCCGAAGAAACAAGUCGCAAAGAAUUUGAGGACAUCAUAGCUCCCUUCCGGCUCAACGAAGGCCAGAAAGGCCAGGAAACCGUGGAAGAGAUGCAAAAGGAUGCACCAUGGAAGGUCACGGACGAAGACCUCCGAGUCUACAAGAAAAAGUCUGAACAGCACAUGCGUCUACAUGAGAUACUUCAAGACCACUCUAGGAAUGCAGCCCUCAUUGUCAUGAGCCUCCCCGUGGUACGGAAAGGGGCCUGCCCAAGCGCCCUCUACAUGGCUUGGCUCGAGAUCGUCUCCAAGGGCCUUCACCCACCGGUCGUCUUCAUCCGAGGCAACCAGGAGGAUGCUCUCACCCUCUACUGCCAGUAGGAGGCAGCGCUGUAUCAAGGGAGUGCCGUGCGAGAGACUAUAUGAAGCCCUAAUUGUGACACUGCAGCCUCAUUGCUAACACAGACUCCAGAGACAGGCAUAUUUUGGCUCUGCCACCUGCAAAAAUAAGCCAAAGGACUGGUUUCUGUGUCUCCAAAAAGCAGGGACGUGUUCUGUGGGGAUUCUGCAACCGAACGUUAAGCUUCUCCAUUUCCAUUUUCCAGGAUUGUACCUGAUGGACUUGAAAGCUCUAAAGUACCGAUUUCCUGGGGGUUCUUGUGCUUCAAAGCCUGGGAGCAUCUGUAAAUAUUAAAUACGUUUUAAAUAUUGUUGGUUAA